UUUGGACCAAUAAUAAAACAGGGCCGCCGCGGUUCCGUCUGCGUGGUGGAGGUGCAUUUGGAUGACAGGAACCGAUCGAGCAGGAACAGCUGUAUGGUAGAUGACAGCUGCAGAUUUGUAUGCAUUUCCUCCGUGGUUUCCCUUCACAGUACGGUAAAUUCAUAAUGCGCGUAGUUAUAAUUUAAAAGGAAAUGAAGAAGGUAAAGAAACACCUACAGAAUACUGGAUUCCAAGUGACUGGAAAUGGACACAUAAAGAAAGGAGAGCAAGAGUCCAGGAAGAGGCAGAAGCUAGUUGAGGUCCACCAGGCUCUCAACAGUGACCCUGUGGACAUCGAGACCCUGCGCAGGGCCGCCAUCAGUGAAGGAGGACUGCUGACAGAUGAGAUCAGGAGGAAGGUGUGGCCAAAGCUUCUCAGUAUCAACAUCUAUGAGCUGCCUGCCAAGCCAGUGAAGGAUGCUCGAGAAAAUCACAAGGAUUACAACCAGGUGCUCCUUGAUGUCAGGAGGUCAAUGCGCCGCUUUCCUAAAGGUAUGCGUGCAGCGCAGCGAGAGGUCCUACAGGAGCAGCUCAUAGACAUUAUCUUAGAUGUCCUGCAGAGGAACCCACAGCUGCACUACUACCAGGGCUACCAUGACAUCGUGGUCACCUUCUUACUGGUGGUGGGGGAAAGGAUGUCUAUAGCCAUGGUGGAAAGGCUCUCCAAUCACCACCUCAGGGAUUUCAUGGACCCCACUAUGGACAGCACAAAACAUAUACUGAACUACCUGAUGCCCAUACUGGAGCAAGUAGACCCUGAAUUGCACAGCUUUAUGCAGAGGGCAGAGGUGGGCACCAUCUUCGCGUUGAGCUGGCUCAUCACGUGGUACGGCCACGUCCUGUUGGAAUUUCGCCACGUCCUCCGGCUCUACGAUUUCUUCCUGGCCUCCCACCCUCUGAUGGCUAUUUACUUUGCUGCGGUGAUUGUCCUGCACCGGGAGCAGGAGGUGAAGAGCUGUGAGUGCGACAUGGCCAGCUUGCACCACCUGCUCUCUCAGAUCCCUCAGGACCUGCCCUACGAGGGCCUGAUCGCUCACGCCCACACCCUCUUCUCGAUGUACCCACCCAGUCUGCUGGAGCAGCGUGCCGCUCUGCAGUCCCGCAAGAGCAUCACCAUCAACUCCUUCAAGGACUUUCAGAUGGCAACGCUGAAGCAGCGCCCAGAUGCCGUGCUGCGGCGGCAGCUCCGCCAGCGUUCCCCCGCCCUGCCGGUGGCCCCCGAGAACGGACAGGCCUCCGGCACCAGCCAGCUGAUCAAAGUAGCGGUGUGGGGCAUCUCUGCCACCUUGGGCGCGGCGGCCCUGGCCGUGGCGCAGACCGCGCUGGACUGGGCCCCCGAGUUCCUGAUGCAGCUCUUCUGAAGCUUCACCCUUCGCCACCCUUUAAGCGACACUCAUCUGUGUACUCGGUGGGCACGGGGCAGCGGGCAAGGGCGUCGGGUGGCGGAGCGCGGUGCAUCUCCAGUAUGAUUUAUUCACUCGGUAGCGGUUAUAGAUUUAACUUGUGCUAAUAUUGGGAAAGGAUGGUAUGAAAUUCUUUUUUGUAACAAUAAGCGUUUUGAAUGCCAGCCUGUCAGCAGUAUGUCUGCGGAAGUGUGGAAAUUGCUGAUCCACGUUUCUACAACAGAGGAGGAAAUUAUUAAAAAAAAAAAAAAAAAAAACCCUUUUUUGCCAUGAAGGCAAAAGAGAGGAAAGGCUCAAUUUAGGGAAGGAAACACUAGCAAUAAACUUGUCUGGAACAGCCCAUUAUAAAGGGCUUCUAUUGGAUCAGACAGGCCAGUUCUAAGGGAAAGAGCACUCGAGGGUUUCCCCCCACUCCUCGGACUAUGAGCUCAGAUGAUUCUCCACCCAGAAUCACGUGACCACUAGUAUCUACCUGCCCCAUGAUAGGGCGUCAGGAGGAGUCGUAUGUGAGAGCAAUGCCGGUGAAGGAACGUUGGAGUCCCCCUCCUCCCCUGCGCCAUCAGCGCGCCUUCAAAACCGGUGCCGCCACCCAUCGAAGCACUGCACUAAGUGCAGUCGUCUCCGCAAAUGGGACAGCCAUUAUUCUCUCAUUGCGUGCGCACGUUCCCUCCCGAAACGCGACCGAAAGAUCAACUGCGCUCACCCAUCUCUGACGCCGAGCCAGAGGGAAAGAUUUGUAUUUGAGCAAGCGGCGCUUUUAAUAGGAAAUCAAACCCGAAACGCCUGUUCCCUGAGUAAUCCGUCCAAAUCCAGAAGCAAAUAGCCCGCGGACGGGUCUGCGCGGUGGGUUGUCAAGUCGUCCUCUUUCAAGCUUCUUCUAAAUGUUUCCUGCGCUCAAGGGUGUUGUGGGUUCCGUGGUUCUCUUGUCUCCGCUUCUCAAAACGAGGCAACGAGCCAACAUCGUGUUGCCCUCGCUUACGGAUGUAGGGACGGGGGGUACUUGCGUCAGCAGGCCUUUCUGCGACACGGGGGGAGGGUUGGACCGCGUUUGCGUCGCUUCGUCUCGAGCUCGUCGUGAUGGCGCGCGCUGUCGGUCUCGCCGUGGGCGAACGGAAGCCCCGCCGCGGCGCUGUGCCCUCCGUCGGGAAACGCCAGCACCCCGUAUCGCAAACGGUGAAAUAAAUGCAUCCGGCUGCUGGAAUUGGUCAGCAGUCUUGUAUUUGCGUCUUACUGUGUUUGUUUGUUUGUUUAUUUGUAAGCCCAGCUUGUUGACGGGGCUUAGGUGUGAGAUGUACCUAGUGGACCAAGCUGAUGUUCAGUAGAGUCAGCGUAAGGGACUGGCUUUUAGCACAUAAUGUAUUAUUAUUAUUAUUAUUAUUAUUUAAUAAAUUAAAAAAAAAAAAAAACCAAAAGUUUGCCAGUGAAGUACAAACGUUCAGUACAAGAGCAUUCGUCACCCAUAAGUCCAGAGCGUAGCUGUUGCUAAUCGUUUAUGUUCUUCUUCAUCUCUUUAUACAUUUAUUUAGCUAGUAAGCAUAAUUAGGCACACAAUGUCUGAGUUACUGAGUUACAGGUCACGGCUGUAGUACUUCUAGUAGUUCCAGUUCUUGUACAACUUACGGAAUGUAAAGCAGACCCUCACCCGACCUUGUCGCACCUCUGCACCCGUUCAUACGUUCAUUAGGUGCUCUUUUUCAAGUGCUCGUACUGCCACUUUUGCUAUUACUGGUGACGCGGGAAUCUUUUCGUGCCACUCUUGUGACUUCGGAAAUACGUGUUGUUACUCUGUUAUUGACUGAACUUUGUACGUAACACACUUUGUGAAUGCAUACCGUAGCUUGCUUUGUGAGUAAUAUGUUCAGGCCUUUGUACUGUAGUAUACUGUAGUUUGAAGCUAAAUAUUAAUUAUGCAAUAACCUCAGCUGUCUUUUUUAAGAAUGCAUUCGCACCCCGCUCUGGCGUGGUGCGAUUUCAGUGCUGUGAAUGGUCUGGCUGUUCACCUCUUCUAAUUAUUUUUCACAAGAGUGUGUGACAUGUAGUUAGCUUUAAAAAAAAAAAAAAAAA